GGAAAAUGUAUCUGCAACUGAACCCCUCUCUUAGAGAAAUACGCCUACUAUGUCUGCAUCCAGGUGAAUGGAACGAUGCCAUCGAGUGCCAUUUACAGACAGUAUCAUUGGAUAAGCGACCCAGGUUCAAGGCUAUCUCAUAUGUAUGGGGCGAUUCCCGACAAAAGAGACCUAUCACGGUCAACGACCAAUCGUUUGCAACAACAAAGAACCUAUUCGCGGGCCUCCAACGAAUGCGCGAUUCAGGAGAAACACGGGCUGUAUGGGCAGAUGCUGCGUGUAUCAACCAGGCUGAUCUCAACGAGCGAUGCCAGCAAGUGCAACUCAUGGGAGACAUAUACAGCUCCGCGGAAGAGGUGCUCAUUUGGCUUGGUUAUGGUGGAGAAUCCCAAGCUCCUAGUGAACAGCCUAGAAUAUAUCAGUGGACUGGAGAUGAUACGGAUGUGGAACUUGUGAACGCCUAUUUCGAAUGGUAUCAAAAUCAGAGGGAGGAGAAGAACUAUGGAGAAGAUAUACUUGGAGCAUUCGUUUUCAUACGACUCCGCGCUGGUGACAAGCAUCUCAAUGAGAUGCCUUUCUUCGAUGUUGAAGGGAAAAGGUUGCAGGCCCGGAAACCUUGGCCGGCGGUUGUCCGCGCUUUGGAGACACUUAACUCCGUCCCUUGGUGGACGAGGGUUUGGGUCCUUCAGGAAACAGCCCUUGCUCGCAAGGCAACGGUUAUAUACAAUCAUACCACCGCUCCUUGGGAUAUGCUUGCGCGGGCAACCAUAAGCUCGCAAACACAUGACCAGUUCUGCUGCGAGGACUUGCUCAACACACGGCCACUUGUAGAGGAAAAGAUAAUCACCAAGUUAAGAAGGGUAGUUUACGAUGACAUAGAGCUCCUGAGGGGUUUGAGGGCACAGAAUAAGCGAAUUUCCUUGUCACAAGUCGUAUCUCAAACUCUUCAACGAGACGCAACAGACAUUCGCGAUAAGGUGUAUGGACUACUUGGGCUUACUACGAAUUGGUACAUGAGAGACCCUUUACUCCCUGACUACACUCUAGGACCAAGAGAAGUAUUCAUGCGCGCGAGCCUCAGCGAACUUAAAGGUUCUCUUUCCUUGCAAGGGUUGAUGGGAACUACAAGAACGGAUGUACCCGAUGUACCAUCUUGGGUUGUUCGAAGUAGCAGCUCAGAGCGAUGGUAUGCAAGUCAAGAAAGCAGGAUCAAUCGCACGAGUUUAUUCUGUGCGUCACUUCAUACUGUUGCUAAUGUUGAGCGAAAAGGAGAUGUUUUGGUUGUCGAUGGAUUCAUACCAGUUGAUACAGUCGCUUGCAUCGGGCCGGCCAUGUUUGAGGCAACGGAUACCUGGGUGGAUAUCAUCACCGUUGUUAACGUAUGGCGCCAAAUGGCUGAGUUGGGGAAUAAAACGGACCGCAUCUAUACUAGGAAGCAGUCCUGGGAGGAGGCAUUCUGGAGAACGACCGUCAACGACUGUAUUGGGUUCCACCCUUCUGAAAAGUCCAAGCAGCAGAAGCUUGAUCCCAAUAUUGUCGGAACAGUUUUCAGAAGGCUUAGAGACUCUGAUGUUCCAAGUCUGCCAGAAGACUGGUGGAGUUGGCUUCAGCUUCAACCGCCCAAAAGCAAGAAGGGACACAAUGAUGAGAACGAUUACAAUAAUUCUCCCAAAUCCAAUCCGGAUGAUAUCAGGUUAUUUCACCAAUCCUUUCUCGGGGCGACGGCUCUUAGGAGGUUUUUUAUUACAACGGGUGGCCGUAUGGGACUAGGCCCGUCGUCCAUACUUCCUGGUGACGCCAUGGUCAUACUGUUAGGAGGAGACACACCAUUUUCAAUAAGACUCAAUCCAGGUGGAACUAGUAAUCAUAGUACGCUUAUAGGGGAAUCUUACGUCCAUGGAUUGAUGGACGGAGAAGGGGUUCCAGCCAACUGGAAGCAAAAGGUCAUCCACAUAUCCCUGAAAUAG